CUGUAGUUGCUACUUGUUCGUUAGGUCAUUUAACCGUAGGUUUGAACUGUUGUCGUCUUUGCUGACAUUUGUCACUGAAACGCCUACAUUAGCAUCUCAGUCCAGUCAUUUUAAACUCUGGAGGACUCUCAUGGCAAAUGGACAUCAGUAAACUUUAGACUUAGCUAACAAACAGAAAUACAAGUGGACGACACAAGAAGAGAGAGGCCCAGCAGGAUGGCAAGUAUGCUCUGCAGCAGAGCCAGGCUGGUGAGCUACCUGCCAGGCCUUCAUGUUCUGGUGCAGCGCGUCACAGCAGCCAGAACUUUCUCUGCUGCUGGAUCCUCAGGCUCUGAUGAACCCCACGUAGCCAUCACACCCGCUGACAUAGGACUGAGGACAGUGUGGCCUGACGAGAGCAUGGGACCGUUUGGGCCCCAGGACCAGCGGUUCCAGCUGCCUGGUAACAUUGGUUUUGAUUGCCACCUGGAAGGAACAGCAGAACAAAAAAAGAGUUCAGCCCACAAGAUAAUGCCUGAUGUGCUGUCUGCCCCCUCCAGUAGUGAGAGACACGAGUUUAUAAUGGCCCAGUUUGUCGAAGAGUUCCAUGAGAACGCCGGCGCAGCCUCGCCACAGACGGUCAACACAGCUCAGCAGUUCUUUGAUAACUCUAGUGUGGAGUGUGCAGUCCAGUCCUGCCCUGAGCUGCUCAAGAAAGAUUUCCUGUCAAUGUUUCCUGAGGCCCCAUCCACUGGUGUGAUGGUUGUCACGGUAACCCAAAAGACCCAAAAUGACAUGACGUCAUGGUGUGAGGAGGUAGACACAGAGAGAGAGCAGUUGCUUGACAAGUUUAUCGCUGGAGCCAAGGAGAUCUGCUAUGCUCUCCAGCAAGAAGGUUUCUGGGCUGACUUCAUUGACCCCUCCUCAGGCCUAGCGUUCUUUGGAACUUACACCAACAACUUCCUGUUUGAAACAGACGAGAGGUACCGUCACCUGGGCUUCCAGAUUGAGGACCUGGGCUGCUGCAAAGUGAUCCGCCAUGCUUUGUGGGGCACACAUGUGUUCGUGGGGACAGUUUUCACCAACGCACCACUUAACAGCCAUAUUAUGAAGAAGUUGCAGGGAAGAUAAACAUGGAGACUGGGUUGCAAAUAAAAGUUUUGCAAUAUACCCUAUAUCACUUCCUUCAUGGACAGAGUUGUCAGCUUUUCUGUGUGUAGAUCAGCCUCAUGACAUGUGGGUUGUUAUGUUCUGGGAUGCAGCAUUUUACAGUCAGCAAGAUAAAUUAUCAAGGAUCAACCCCAUUUUAUCCAGCAUUACACAUGUGUAUUCCUGACUUCAUACAGUAUAAGCUAAUAUAUUCAUUUAUAUUUAUAAAUUUAUAAUUUCAAGUCAUCUGGCCAACUGUGUUAUCCUGCACCCUGAGAGCCCUAGGUCAUAACUGUGAUUCUGCUCAGAAACACAUUCCUUUCGAUUUUAAUUUGACAACCCAUUAGUCAUAUUUAUUAUUUGCAGCAUAUUUGACUGUAUUCCAUUCACUGUAUAUCAGUUGCAACAGUAUGUUAGUAGUGUAAAUAGAUUGAUUUUCCCCUUUGAAAUGUCUGGUUAAAAUUCAGACCCACACUUACCCUGAAGGAAAGAUACUCGACACUCAUUGUAGGAGAGUUAAACUGUAGAUUUGCUUA